GAGGGUGGCCAAUGGCCUUCAGCUCGGUGCAAUGCAAGAUGGCGAUCAAGGCCGGCCUCUAUAAACCACCUCUAGCCUUCCUGCGCACGCACAGCCAAUUGGCAUCUCUCUCUAGCUUGGCAUCUGACAGACUUACACGAAUACACGAUGGAUGCUGCUCUCGCGCCUCUCGUCUCGCUCCUCUGCCUCGCGGCUGCCCCGGCGGCGUCCGCGGCGCGGGCCUUCUUCGUCUUCGGCGACUCCCUCGUCGACAAUGGCAACAACAACUACCUGCUGACCACGGCACGCGCCGACGCCCCGCCCUACGGCAUCGACUUCCCGACGCACCGCGCGACGGGCCGGUUCUCCAACGGGUUCAACAUCCCCGACAUCAUCAGCGAGCACAUCGGGGCUGAACCCGUGUUGCCCUACCUGAGCCCCGAGCUACGAGGGGAGAAGCUGCUCGUCGGCGCGAACUUCGCGUCGGCCGGCGUCGGAAUCCUCAACGACACAGGAAUACAAUUCGUGAACAUCAUCCGGAUCGGCGACCAGCUGCAGUACUUCCAAGAGUACCAGCGGACGCUGCGUGCUCUCAUCGGCGAGGAGCAGACGACGCGGCUCGUGAACCAGGCCCUCGUUCUCAUCACGCUGGGGGGCAACGACUUCGUGAACAACUACUACCUGGUGCCCAUGUCCGUGCGAUCGCGCCAGUACGCGCUCCCGGACUACGUCCGGUUCAUCGUCUCGGAGUACAGGAAAGUCCUCGCGAGGCUGUACGAGCUGGGCGCGCGGCGCGUGAUCGUGACGGGGACGGGGCCGCUCGGGUGCGUCCCCGCCGAGCUGGCGCUCCACAGCCAGAACGGCGAGUGCGCGGCCGAGCUGACGCGCGCCGUGAACCUCUUCAACCCGCAGCUGGUGGACAUGGUGCGCGGCCUCAACCGCGCCAUCGGCGCCGACGUCUUCGUCACCGCCAACACCUACCGCAUGAACUUCGACUACCUCUCCAACCCGCAGAACUACGGGUUCACGAACGUGCAGGUGGCGUGCUGCGGGCAGGGGCCGUACAACGGGCUGGGGCUGUGCACGGCGGCGUCGAACGUGUGCGACAACCGGGACGUGUUCGCGUUCUGGGACGCGUUCCACCCCACGGAGAGGGCCAACCGCAUCAUCGUCGGCCAGUUCAUGCACGGCGACACCGACUACAUGCACCCAAUGAACCUCAGCACUAUCCUCGCCAUGGACCAGGAGGGGCUCUAGGGCUUUUUUUGUAAGCCGAGGGGCUCUAGGGCUGAUCACCCGACCAGGAGUUAUACGUGUACACGUCACGUGCCCAGUACACUCUGUCUGUACGGCAGCUCAAUUUGUCAAGUUUGGUGUCAUGCUCCGAGGAUGAUGUCUUGUGGUUGUGUUGCGUUCUGUUGUGUGUUCAACAGCAUUAUAUUUAAAUUAAACGGCAUUAAUUAGUUUGAUGGAUUAAGUGAAAUUAUGAUUUA